GAGAGGGAGAGGGUCGAAUGGAAUGGAAAGGCAGUCAGGUUAGCUGCGGCGCGGUAGGGGAGGGCAGGAACGAGGCAAGGCAAGCGAUUUAGCUGGUGCUGGUUCGGCGAGCCACGAGUUGGAGUGGCGAGAGAGCAGCCGAGGUCCCGUUGCCCGUGCCUGCACCGGGAGAGGCGUCAUGAAAGCGCGCCAGUUGACCGAGUGCACCUCACCUCGGACGAAACCGCGUAUUUGUCGUCGUUGAGGAGAGGCCUACCUUGCCCUCUCUGCUUUCGUGGCAAGGAUUCGGCCGGUGGCUCUCCUGCUCCUCGCUGUCACGCGCCUCUAUUGUUUCUCCAGUGCCGGGGGGGGGAGGGGAAUCUUGGUUUUCGCCAGUAUCCGGAUAGGAUAGCGGCGCGCGUAUCCGUGUCGUGUGUCGGUCGAGACGUACUCGAUUUUCGUCAUUCGUAACCCGUGUGUACCCGUUUCAAGAGAGAAGUUUCACCCAGUCAAUAGUGUGCGAGUGAGUGUACGCGAUGCGUGAGACGUGUCGUUUGGAUUGAUCAUCGCGGAUGUCUACGCUUCGGUCUACCUUUUUGACAAGGGAGUUCGAGUGGGUGGAAAAGGACGAAGGAAAGAAGAUUUCUCGUUUCUUCUUUCGAACGACUCGUUUUCACGUCACGCGAAUUUCUCGUGGCGCGAUACGUUGUUAUUGACAUAUCGAUUUGGUUGGCACGGUGCUCGUUCGUUUUUGGCAUCGAAUCGUGGUGGAGAUCGAGAGAAGGAAACACCGAGAGGAGGAAAAACAAAAAAGGAAAAGAAGAAAAAAGAGAAAAAUAUGAAAACUCGUUUCUGUCAGUGAGCACGGCUCGGAUGAAAGUAUUAAAACGUUCUUUCUUUCGGUUUCACGUUGAUAACCACCGUCGCCUCGGUGGCCUGGCGUGUUUCACCUUGACGUUGAAACGUUGAACGUACUGGCACGUUUCGGCUGAUAUUUCUCAUCAUCGAAUCGAGAGAGUGUGGAAACGGAGCAUUUCGACAUACACGCGAUAUUAUUUGUUAUUCUUUGUUAUCGUAACGAUAAUACCGUACACAACGUUCCACGUACGUUUCCUUUUCGAUUUCGUAUUUUCCGUACCCGAUGAUGAUCGAUUCGAAACGCGAAGGGAAUAAAAGGAACGAAGACAGAUUGGAUUGGCUCGAAGAUUAAUUCAAAUUCGUCGGGCGUUCGAUGACGUAUAGCUUCUCUGUAUCAGCCGACGUCAACGUGGGCCGCUUUAAACAAGCGAAAGGAAACUUGUAACGCCAAAAAAAAAAAAAAGAAGUAACGAUCAGACCAGAAGAUUAUUAUUACAAACCUCGUUAUAACAUUCCAUUUUAUUUUUUAACACAAAGUAACGAAAGUUACGCAACGAGUUACCUCCUUUGUCGUAAGAAGAAGAAGAAGAAGAAGAAGAGAGAAGCGAGAAGAAUAUUAAUCAACGUCGGAUAAUAAUCGUCUUUGAAGUACAAUUUCCUGAAUCUGAUAUCGAACAAUCGGACUGGCUGGUAACGUUAGUGACAUCUCCGAUUUCGGUUCGUUACCUUGGCGUUGUCUCGGGCAAGGCGGAGGGUGGCAUCCCCUCGUCUCGUUAUCCCAUUCCACGCUCGUCGAGGGGCGAGAGACGGAACGGAAAGUCGUGCGAGAGGAGAGAAGAAAGGACAAGGGCCUUAUCUAGGCCCUCUCCAUUCGACAACAAUCGAGUCGAAGUGAGAAAAGAAAAGAAAAGAAAACGAAAAAGAUGAUAGUGCACGAGCUCGUUAUCAAACUUUACGUGGCCAUUGUCGACUCGUUGCUCGUUGUCGGUUGCCCGUAUCGUUCCAGGUAAAUUCGAGUUCUGCUCGUCGCUUCAUCACGUCGAUGCGACUCUCGCCUGACAUUCCAUUAUUAUUAUUAUACGAUUCUCCGUGGCGAGGAUACCUCUCCCUCCGAAGGUAAAAUAAGACCAGACUCGCAGUCAUGACGGAAUCAAGGACCAGAAGCGUAAUAAGCAACGACAGAACGAGAAAAAAGGGGGAAUCCUGAAUCGUGGGCGAGUGAUAAAGUAGUGGCGGGAGAGACGGCUCGUUGAAAAAUCGAACGAGCGAAUAUAGGCGCGAGCUAGAGUCGAGCAGGAAGCGCGUUGGUCACACACGCGUUGUGACACGUGGUUUGGGGUACCGUUCGCAACAUUCCUAUCCGAGGUAUCCGGAACGGGUUAGAGGAGGGAGGAGUGGUAGCGUUCCGGUUAGCCAAACCGUCGAGCCCAGCCGUCGAUGGAUAUGGCAGCCGCUGUUGUUGCUCCUCCACGGUUCGAACGUUGUCGGCGCCGUGCUACCUGUGAAUCGAGCGAACAGGUGUUGUCGCAAGGUGUUGUCCAGGCCGGGAUACGUGAUUCCUCGUGAUAGCAGCCGCGUCGACUCUCUCAGUGGUGGUGCCGCUCGUGUUUAACUCGAUCGAUCGUGUGUGCGUGCGUGUUUGCGUGUGUGCGUGCGUGCGAGAAAGAGAGGGAGAGACGAUUCCUCGCGUGCAUUCUUAGCGACCGAAAGUGUUUGACCGAAGUGAUACACGGUGAGUUUAGGCGAAUCGGUAGCGAAGAGGCGCGGAGAAGUAGGCCGCGGAGAAGAGAGGAGAGGAGAGGAAAAACACACACGGUUGGGAAUCGGUGCGAGGGAGAGGAAGAGAAGGAGGCAGACUCGUAGGAUUGCGCUGUUGGUCCGGAAAAUUAAGAGAUGAAGAGCAGGAUGAUGGUGUCCAGGUUUCGCGGCACCUUUCUUCUGCUUCUCACGCUGCUCGCGGAGGUCACGUAUUCGGCGGACCUCGCGAUCGAGAUACCGGGAAACUUGAGCCAGGGAGGUUCUUGGUACCGGUUGGACUACAGCCCUGCAGUUGGUUAUCCACCACCCAACACCACCAUAGCCGCCAUCGACAUAGGCGACGUGAUAAAGUUCAAGGACGGUCUGCCCGGCACCAAAUACGAAUUUUGGUUGUACUAUAGCAACAGCAGUCUCCACGAUUGGCUAACAUGGACUGCGUCCAUAACUACGGCCCCGGAUCCGCCCUCCAACCUCACCGUCUCGGUGCGAAAUGGGAAGACGGCGAUAGUCUAUUGGGCGCCGCCUGCCCAGGGCAAUUAUUCCGGGUUCCGGUUGAGGGUGCAGAGCUUCAGCGACACCGGAAACCCAAAGACCAGCGUGAUACCCGCGGACGCGGUCCCAUACGUGCUCCGCGACCUAAUACCGGGGGCCACGUAUUCCCUCCAAUUGUUCACCGUGCUCGACACCAAGGAGAGCGUCGCGUACACCAGCAGGAAUUUCACCACCAAGCCGAACACACCGGGCAAGUUUAUCGUAUGGUUCAGAAACGAGACGACCUUAUUGGUCCUAUGGCAGCCCUACCCUGCUGGGAUUUACACCCAUUAUAAAGUUAGUAUAGAUCCUGCAGACGCCAUAGAAUCUGUUCUUUACGUGGAGAAGGAAGGGGAGCCCCCUGGGCCUGCACAGGCCGCCUUCAAGGGGCUCGUUCCUGGCAGGGCUUACAAUAUUUCGGUUCAAACGGUGUCCGAGGACGAGACCUCGACCCCGACCACGGCUCAGUAUCGAACGGUGCCGUUGCGGCCCCUCAACGUCACCUUCGACAAGCCCUCGAUAACGUCCACCUCGUUCCGCGUCUUCUGGAACCCGCCCGAGGGAAUGUCCGAAUUCGACAAGUAUCAGAUAUCGUUGGGGGGCAACAAAAGGCUGGCCCCCGUCACCAGGAACAGGGACGACGAGAGCAAAUGGGAGUUCAAGGACUUGGAGCCCGGGAAAACUUAUCAGGUCGUGGUGAAGACCGUCUCGGGCAAGGUUACCAGUUGGCCGGCAAACGGAGACGUUACUUUGAAACCGUUGCCGGUGCGCGAUCUUAGCGCGGUGAUCGACGAGAAGACCGGGAUGGUGGAAGUUUCCUGGCACCCGGAGAACUCGAGUACCCAGGACAGUUACAAGCUUCAGUAUCACGAAGUGGAAACUACGAUCGGCGGUGAUAGCAACAUGUUGACAACCGAUAAGACCAAGGUGACGUUGGAAGCUCUACUACCGGGGAGAAAUUACUCGAUAAUCGUGCAGGCGAUUAGCAACAAAGUGGAAUCGAACGAGACUGUCCUGUACCAAGUGACGCGGCCCUCGAGCCCGAUAAUCGAAGAUUUGAAACCGACCGAGAUGGGGCUGAACAUCUCGUGGAAGAGCGACGUUAACUCGAGGCAGGAGAAAUUCGAGGUGACCCACAACAGAAACGACACCGGGGAGAGCGCGACCACCUUGACCACGGAAUCUCACAUAGUUCUCGAGGACCUCUACCCUGGGGCAGCUUACGAGGUCAAAGUUUUCGCCAUUAGCCACGGGCUCAGGAGCGAACCUCACGAUUAUUUUCAAGCUGUUCUGCCUCAUCCACCGAAGAACUUAACCAUCGAGAAAGUGACUACGGGGAACACCGUGGUGGUUCGUUGGGAGGCGCCCACGGAUUCCCUGUAUUCCGAGUUCUCGAUACGAUAUCGGACGGAGGACGACCCGAGGUGGGUGAAGUUGCCGAGUGUCCGCGAGACGGAGGCCGAGGUGGCGGAUAUGACGCCCGGGGAGAGAUACACGAUCCAAGUGAACACCGUCAGCUACGGGGUGGAAAGUCUCUAUCCUCUUCAAGUGAAUCACACAGUUCGAUCCAACCCGGUGCUGAACAUCACGCCUGUCGUCGACUCGACGAACGUGACCCUGGAAUGGCCGAGGCCGGAGGGCAGGAUCGAGACCUACGUGAUAAGAUGGUGGCCGGUGGACAAUCCGGAGGACGUACGCACGAAAAAUGUGACGGAGAGCAACGACGUGGCCGGUGGGCUUUACGAGGAGCACGCGACGCAGAGGGUGUUGGUUGGCGAUCUGAUGCCGGGCGUUCAAUACACCUUCGUAAUCUGCACCAUCUCCUAUAACUUGGUCAGUGAGAUCACCAAUCUGACUACGAGGACAAUGCCGCUGAUCCAAUCGGAAGUGGUCGUGGUGGUCGAUCAGGAUCAGCCUGACUCGUUGACCUUGAGAUACACAUGGACCCCGGUUCAAUCCUCCAAGUUCGAUCUGUAUCGGUUCCGGAUCAGCGACGCGAGGAACACGACGAAGCAGAAGAUGGUGGACGACAUCGACAGGAAAGUGACCUUCACCGGCCUCACGCCCGGUAAACUGUACAACGUUACCGUUUGGACCGUCAGCGAUAACGUGGAGAGCAGGCCGCUGCUCAGGCAGGAUCGACUUUAUCCCGAGCCUGUCACCUCGAUUCGAGCCAUAGACGUGAACGACACGAGGAUCACUCUCACGUGGGACAUACCGCGUGGACAGUACGACGCUUUCGAGGUUCAAUACAUAAACACGGAGGGGAAUUAUAUCCAGAACAUCACCACGGUGAACUCGAUAACGAUAUCCGACUUGAAACCGCAUAGAAAUUACACUUUCACAUUGGUGGUCCGUUCGGGCACCGCCUCCUCCUAUCUGAGGAUAUCGAAUCCUCUGAGCGCAAGUUUCACCACGAGCGAGUCUUAUCCCGGCAAGGUGGAGAAGUUCCAUCCCACCGACAUUCAGCCAAGCGACAUUAGCUUCGAGUGGUCGCUCCCCAGCCAAGAGCAGAACGGCAUCAUAAUAAAGUACACCAUCACCUACGGUUUGGACGGCUCGAACCACACUCAGAUGCAGGAUUUCAAGCCGAGCGAGUACCGCGGCGUGAUCAAGUCUCUCAUACCUGGAAAGACGUACAUGUUCAGGAUCCAGGCGCAGACGAGGAUCGGGUUCGGGCCUGAGGCGGCGUGGAAGCAGAAGAUGCCGAUCCUCGCUCCUCCUAAACCGCCCACGCAGGUGGUGCCGACCGAGGUGUGCAGGAGCAGCACCACCAUACAGAUACGGUUCAGGAAAAAUUAUUUCAGCGAGCAGAACGGAGCCGUCACGUCCUACACCAUCAUCGUGGCCGAGGACGACAGCAAGAACGCCUCCGGCCUGGAGAUGCCCAGCUGGAGGGAUGUUCAGGCGUACAGCAUCUGGCCACCGUAUCAGGUGAUGGAGCCUUACUAUCCUUUCAAAAACGGGUCGGUGGAGGAUUUCACGAUCGGGAGCGAGAAUUGCGACAACAAGAUCGGAUACUGCAACGGGCCGUUGAAAUCUGGAUCCACGUACAGAGUAAAAGUUCGCGCGUUCACCGCCCCGGACAAAUUCACGGACACGAGUUACAGUUUCCCGAUUCAAACAGGAUUGCUGCUGGCAGAUAAGGACAAUACUGCUAUCAUAGUCGGAGUCACGGUCCCGAUAGUGCUUUUACUGGCUUUAUUGGGGAUCGGGUUGUUGGUGAGGCGGAGGAGAAGUCAGGGGCGCAAGACGACCGAAACGAGGACCACCGACAAUUUGUCCCUACCGGACAGCGUGAUCGACACCAGUCGGCCAAUUAAGAUAGAAGAUUUUUCCGAGCAUUAUCGCACGAUGUCGGCCGAUUCCGACUUCCGUUUCUCGGAGGAGUUCGAAGAGUUGAAACACGUGGGAAGGGAUCAACCUUGCACAGCCGCCGAUCUGCCGUGCAACAGGCCGAAGAAUCGUUUCACAAAUAUAUUGCCGUACGACCACAGCAGAUUCAAGUUGCAACCCGUGGACGACGAGGAGGGUUCCGAUUACAUCAACGCCAAUUACGUCCCCGGGCACAAUUCACCGAGAGAGUUCAUCGUCACCCAAGGCCCUCUGCACUCGACGCGUGACGAUUUCUGGAGGAUGGUGUGGGAAAGCAACAGCAGGGCGAUCGUGAUGCUGACCAGGUGUAUCGAGAAGGGUAGGGAGAAGUGCGACCAUUAUUGGCCCGUCGACACCCACCCCGUCUAUUACGGUGACAUUUGCGUCACCAUAUUGAACGAGACCCAUUAUCCCGAUUGGAGCAUCACGGAGUUCAUGCUGUGCAGAGGAGACGUGAAAAGGGUGAUCCAACACUUCCAUUUCACGACGUGGCCGGACUUCGGCGUUCCAAAUCCGCCCCAAACGUUGGCCAGAUUCGUUCGAGCGUUUAGGGAGAGGGUGAGGCCGGAUCAGAGGCCGAUCGUGGUCCAUUGCAGCGCGGGGGUCGGGCGUAGCGGCACGUUCAUCACGUUGGACAGAAUACUGCAGCAGAUCCUGGUGUCCAAGUACGUGGACAUAUUUGGUAUAGUGUGGGCGAUGAGGAAGGAGCGCGUGUGGAUGGUCCAGACCGAGCAACAGUACAUUUGCAUACACCAGUGUCUUCUGGCUGUGUUGGAGGGCCAGGACAUGACCGGCCCGCCGCGAGAGAUUCACGACAAUCAAGGAUUCGAAGACGACGAAGGAAUAGCGGAAUCAGGAAUGUGAUGUUCCAAUACCUCGAUUCAUUCAGGGAUCAACGAACACGAGGAUGCUUUAGAGAUAUCUUGAAGAGGUGCGGUGCACCGUGAAAUAUAUGUAUAUGUAUAUGUAUAUGUAUAUAUAUAUAUAUACAUAUAUAUAUAUAUAUAUACAUAGUAUUAUUACUACGAAACAUGCGUGGCGUGAAAAUGGAGAAAGAAACCGAGGAAGAAACCGUUGUAUACUCACGAGAUAUAUCAGAAGAAUGCUUCUAAAAAGGAACUUCUAACUUUUGAAGCGUCACACGUUCCAGAUGAUCUUUUUUUUAGUUUUCUUGCGAGAGGAACAAGAAGAAGAACAACAGUCAAGGCUAUUGCAUCUUCUCACAAAAAGGUUUCGUGCACGUGAUAGUAAACGAAAUACGAAAUGUGCACCAAGUCGAUGAAUAAUGGCGUGUAUUAUGUAUACACAUUGUCGACAAUAAUCGCUUCUUCGCGUUUUUGAACUUUCACCGCGGGAAUGCGAAUGAUCGAGCGAAGAAGAAAGUAUCGACGAAUGAUCGUCGAACAGGUUUCGAUCGAUCAAAUGAACACAAAGUUAUUCCUUUUUACGAUUGUUUCGACGAUGCGUUUCGUUCAUCUUUCGGUGAAAGGGAUCGUCCCAGUUGGAAAAUACGCAGAAGAGAGAAUUUGAGAUUGUGUGCGAGGCGAAAAUGGUGAAAUUUUUGCGAGGGAUUAUUAUAUUUCUAUUUCUAGGGAAUUCGAUUAAAAGGAUAGAAAGCGAGCUUGCAAUGAAAAACGAAUUGUUUCAUUCCCGAAUUUGGGGGAAUUUUUUGUAUAGACUGUAAGGGAAGAGAAGAAUUUUUAUUUUUCGCAGAAAGAAAAAAAAAAAAACUAGCUUAACUGUAUUCGAGAGAGAGUGUAAUGUGAAACGUUGAUGUGAUUUUCAUUUGAGACGAGUGGCUGUUUGAAAGUAGAGUGGGAGAAUAAUGAGAGAUGAGCGUCGUAUAUACAAUUUUUCCUCGCCUAUGUUCUUUUUUGUAAAUAAUGUAAAUCGAUCGUUCUCGAAACGACGAGGCAAUUUUUCAAAGUGUCUCCGCCUCGAUUUUCUUUUCUUUUUUUUUUUUUUUAAAGGCGACGAUCGAUGCUCGCGUUUUUCUUUUUAGGUACCUAUCGUGAUGUAGAUAAAUCUCCAAGUUGCAUAUCUUAAGAAUUGUAAGAUGCGUAUCCCGUGUUGGGUUGCCACGUUGCGAUCGAGAUCUGAAUUGUAUUUGAAAAAUCAAUUUUUCUUUCUCUCUAUUUUUUUUUUUUCUUCUUCUUUUUAAAGUAACGUAACGAAGAUCGUGUCUCUUCUCGCCUAGUUUAUUUUUCUUUUUUCUUUUCUAUCAUUCACGGAUAUACAAUUUAUUAGAAAAUCGAAGUAUUCGAAAUCGUGAGUGGCAACCAUCCGUCCAAGGGUUGUAGUAGAGACGCCGAUUUAAAAACACUGCCUCGAAUGAAAAGAAAAGGAAAGAAGAAAAAACAAACACACGAACAAACGGGGAAUGUGGAAUAGACAAACGAGAGAAGAAUAGAUUUCCUCCUUUUUUGAUGAUAGGAAGAGAAUUAAAAAUAAAUAAAUAAAUAAAUAAAUAAAUAAAUAAAUAAAAGUAAAAAAAAAAAAUUUAACAUGUCAGUGGGAACAAGAAACUCGCAUCUUCGUAGAAGUCAUAUCACUCUUUUCACGAGAAUCACUCGACGAUCCGUAUAAUAAUACGUAAUAUUUACUUAUUCAGACAGUUCGAUUCUUCGAAAUCGACGAUCCCCGGGAUCGUUGAUCGUAGAUCGUAGAUUCGUUCGUAUCUUUUUACGGCUGAUCGUUCAUCCACGUGUUUCGUGUGUCGUUUCACCGAUCGAUUUCUCUCUCUCUCUCUCUUUCUGAAGGAUGCAUGAAUCAACGAACCGGUGAACGCAGUCUUCGACGCGACGGACCAAAACUGCACGAUUCGAACGAUGAUCGAUAGGAUUACAUAAUUUAGACAGGAAUAUCGAAAGGGAUGUAAGUCUGGUGGAGGAAAGGAACGAUCGAAUCUCCGAAGCGAUUGGGAACGAAAUUGGAUGAAAAUGAUGUUGGAACGACGACGACGAUGAGGACGUUUUAGAAACGGAAGAUCCGAUCGUCACCCUCCUCAGGGUACUUAGAGGGUCAAGGUUUGCUCGAUGCUACAAA